AAAGAAAGGCACUUCCUAUCAACAUUGCAAAGCAAGCUGGUCCGAGAGGAAGCGCUUCCGGGUCUCCGCCAUUGGGAGGAAGACAUGUCCACGCUGUUCCCUUCCCUCUUCCCAAGGGUCACGGAGGCGCUCUGGUUCAACCUCGACCGUCCCUGCGUCGAUGAGAACGAACUCCAGCAGCAGGAGCAGCAGCACCAGGCUUGGCUGCAGAGCAUAGCUGAGAAGGACAAUAACUUGGUCCCGAUUGGCAAACCGGCCUCAGAGCAGACUUACGACGAGGAGGAAGAGGAGGAUGACGAGGACGACGAGGACAGCGAGGAAGACUCGGAGGACGAUGAGGACAUGCAGGACAUGGACGAGAUGAACGACUACAACGAGUCCCCCGACGAUGGGGAGAUCAACGAGGUGGACAUGGAAGGGUCUGAGCAAGAUCAAGACCAGUGGAUGAUCUAGCUGUCUUUGAUGCACAAUGAUGCAUCCUUGCAGCCUCGUUGUCCUGCCAGGGAAAGGGAGAGGGGCCACUCUGUUGGCAAGGCAUCCUGCCUGGUGCAUAUGGUCCCAUCCUUCCCUGCCUCUUGGUCGGAAAGACUAGCCUCAUUGCCUUGGAUGUCCUUCGAUGCUCCCCUGCCGAACACUUUGGAGCCAGCUGAGAAUAUCUGUGAGUGAGACCACAUACAGGAUUCUUUUUUUUCAUCCAGAGUUAGGAGGAGAUGUGUAGCAAAAGCCACCUGUAUUUAUUCUUUUUGUGUUUGUGCUGAUUCUGCUUUUGGUGGAAUACAUUUUAUGAAUAAACCUGUUUCUUACCUGGA